UGCUGUGCGUGAGUAAUUGUCAACAUCCAACUGCGUUUGUAUGUUUCAGCGGGCAAAUUGCAAUGCACAGGGUUUUGUUCAGAAAAGAGAUAUUUUAAAGCGUUCUUAUUUAGUUGCUAACCUUAAUCCGGUUGUCAAACAAAGCAGCACAUACCCACAGCUCUGAGCUGCAAGUGGAUCUUGCGUGCGACACCGUGUCAAUGCAAACAAUUUAAAAAUCACAGCAGGUUUCAAAUCAAUCUGGGCGGUUUUUGGGUUAAAAAAGUGAAAGUCGUUUGCGAUUAGGAUUCGCUAGCGAGCUGUGUGUCACGAAGGUAACGUUAGCUAGCUAGCUAAUUACCUCCAAACACUAGCAUUCUUUGUGGUUGAACAUAUCAUGGCUAGCUACCUAGCUAGUGAGAUUACGUAAGAUUGAGCAAGCAGCUACACAAACCCCUCAGAACAAACAACCUUUGUAAUUUAGUGCGGUGUCUUGCCGUCUGGUUGAUGCAUCUGCAGACGCAUCUGUGACUGUGGUAAUCGGUCGUCCGCUAGCUCGCUAACUAGCUAGCUCGCUAGUAUAACUUGGCUAACCGAAUGGCCUGCUUUCCUGUCGUCUUGACCAACCAAUGUUUCGUUCGAUUUAACCCUUUCUUUGCGCAGAUUUUAAAAAGUUGACGAUUGCCACGCAGUACUGUGUGUUUGUCCAAAUGCUGGUGCCCUAAACAAUUAUUAUGCCUGCUAAUGUUUUAGUAUCAUUCGGUAUUUCACAUUGUAAAUGUGCAUAGUGUUGGACUUGCAGGACCACUUUCAGAUUCAUAAAGUAGGCCCUUAUUGAGACGGCGGCUUGGUGAACGUUAGCGGAGUUAGCUUACGUGCUAGCUUCUUCUGGAGAGGGGCAGGAAUUUGCAGGCGACGGGUGAACUUCCAGGCCUAGAAUCCCAUGCCAAUCUUCCCCCCUCAAAAAAAACAAAGAUGUCGCGCACAGUCUGAUGGUUUCUGAUUAAAUUAAUGGAAAACAAACGAAGCUGUCAACUUUGAGGUUCCCCAAAUAUUUCCAGUAAAGCAACCCUCAGCGGCUGGAUGCUGAACCAGAACAGGCAGGUCCAGGCGACAUCGCCCGCAGACGAAGGAAAGGCUGAGCGAGAUUCAUAAAGUAGGACUUGAUAGCAUCCGAAGCAGCAGACAAGCAGGACAGUACAAAGAGGAGAUAAAGCGCAAAUCAAGCAAGUCUAGCAGUCUCUGCAGACUGUCACUGAAUAUAUUCACUGUGUGUUUUACACCUGUAGCCUUCUUGGAGAGUGUGGUGCUUUUUUUGUAAAAAAAAAAAGAAGUCCUCUGUCAUUGUCUCGCACCUGUUCCUUCCUCUCUCGUCUCGGCGGAGUGCUCCACCACGCUCACUCGGAAACCAGAGGUCAUGGGCGUCCCUUGGGGGUCGGGCUGAGAACAUUUUUGGGGACGCCUCGGCUCUGACCGUUCUUGUUUCUUCUGUGUGCUGCUCCAUCAAGGGGAGGGGUGGGGGAUAGACCUGGUGCCCCCCUGCCCCUCCUGAACCAUUCUUAUUCUGACUGGACGAGGGCCUCCAUCCUCGCCUGCGCUGGCCCAGCCGUCCCCAGCGGCUUCGCCACCCUGAUGAAGUCCUGCCAGGCGGCGAAGGAAGCGGCGCCUGGAGACGCAAUGUCCCAAGAGGAGGCGUCCAGGACACACGGCUCCCAGCCCUACUACCACCCCACCGCUGCCGACGGCAACCUAGCAGGCAAGCUGUACAAGCGCGAGGGCGGGGGCAAGCCCUACUCCGUGCUGGUGGACAACAAAAUGGCCGCCAAGCCGCCAGGCGGGGAGCCGGUGGCCGCCGCCAACAUGGGCACCAACCCCUCCCAGCAGUUCUUCAGGGAGGGGGGCAAGGAGGCAGCACCAGGUGGGCAAAGCCAGAACGGGGGCUCGUCAGAGGAGGAGGAUGAGGAGGAGGAAGAGGAAGGCGAGGAGGAGGAGGAGGAGCAAUUUAAACGGGAGCAGAUCAUCGUGGAGGUGAACCUGAACAACCAGACACUCAACGUGUCCAAAGGGGACAAGAGUGGUGGCUCUGGCACUGCCAACACCACAGAGGAGGGCAAGAUGGGAAGUGAGGAAGAGGAGGAGGAUGAAGAGGAGGAGGAGGAGGAGGCUGAAGAGGAGGAGGAAGAGGAGAGUCCAGAAGAAGAAGAAGAUGAGGAGGAGGAAGAAGAUGAUGAGGAAGACGAAGAGGAGAACAUGAACCGGACAAGGAGGGCGAAGCGAGCGAGGAGAGGCAUGACCCCGGUGCAGCCACGCCGGAAGAGCCAACGCGUCUCGGCCGCUGCUGCCGCCACUGUCAGCCCCACCGCAACCACAGGCAUGACCACCAGGGGGCGCCGGAAGAAUACUGAGGCACCUCCGCGGAAGCGUAGGCCCGCCCGCGAGUCCAAGGGCUCGGCCGCCGGCUCCGCCGUGAGCACGACGGCCGGCUCGCGGGGGGGUGAGGUCAAGGCGGAGGCAGGCGAGGAGCGGGAGACGCUGGCGUGCGAGAAGUGCCCGCGAGUGUUCAACACGCGCUGGUACCUGGAGAAGCACAUGAACGUCACGCACCGCCGCAUGCAGAUCUGCGACAAGUGCGGCAAGAAGUUUGUACUGGAGAGUGAGCUGGCUCUUCACCAGCAGACCGACUGUGAGAAGAACAUCCAGUGUGUGUCAUGUAAUAAAUCAUUUAAGAAGCUAUGGUCCCUUCACGAACACAUAAAGAUUGUCCAUGGCUACGCUGAGAAAAAGUUUGCAUGUGAAAUCUGUGAAAAGAAGUUCUACACCAUGGCUCAUGUGCGCAAACACAUGGUCGCGCACACUAAGGAUAUGCCGUUUACAUGUGAAACGUGUGGGAAGUCCUUCAAGCGGAGCAUGUCCCUAAAGGUGCACUCACUGCAGCACUCAGGAGAAAAACCCUUCCGCUGUGAGAACUGUGACGAGCGCUUCCAGUACAAGUACCAGCUGCGCUCCCACAUGAGCAUACACAUCGGACACAAGCAGUUCAUGUGCCAGUGGUGCGGCAAGGACUUCAACAUGAAGCAGUACUUCGACGAGCACAUGAAGACUCACACAGGAGAGAAGCCGUUCAUCUGCGAGAUCUGCGGCAAGAGCUUCACCAGCCGGCCCAACAUGAAGCGGCACCGGCGCACGCACACGGGGGAGAAGCCGUACCCCUGCGAGGUGUGCGGCCAGCGCUUCCGCUUCUCCAACAUGCUCAAGGCGCACAAGGAGAAGUGCUUCCGGGUCACCAGCCCCGUGACCCUCCAGCCCGCCGCCGCCGCCGCCCUGGCCAUGCCCCUGCACCUGGCGCCCGGUCCUGCCCCAGUCUCGUCUCCGCCCGGCAUGCCCCCGGGCCAGGUGCCCCCGGCGGGGGUGAGUCCGGUGGUCAGUGUGGCCUCCCUGGGCAUGAUGGGCGCGGCAGCCGGGUCACUCCAGCAGCGGGGCGGAGGUGGGCACAGCUUCUCACACCUCCACCUGGUGCCUGGACAGGUGCCUGUCUCCACCCAGCAGCAGCAGCAGCAGCAGCACCACCACCACCACCCGCAGCAGCAGCAGGUCCAGGUGCACGGCGGCCAUGCCCAGCAUGCUCUGCCGAUCCCACCACCACCGAUCAGCCUGCUGUCCCCGCCCCCCGCCCUGUUCAAGAGUGAGCCAAUCAACCACUGCGGCCAGGAGGAUAGCUACCUGCGCCACCUGACCCAGCCCGACAAGGGCACGGGACCUGGCCAGCAACACCACUGAGCCCUGACUCUCCCUCUCUCUCACACACACACACACACACACACACACACACACACACACACACA